CACUCCCACUCAAUCCCCUCGGCCGCCCUCUCGGUCGCCAACGCCUCGCUCCAGGGGAGCGGGAAGGGGUUCUCCGAAUUCUCGGGGCUGAGGAGCGCCUCGCUGCCCGUCAGGAAGAUCGCCACCUCCGACGACUUCGUCUCCGUCAUCGCCUUCAGAACUUGCGCGGUGAGCGGUAAUGGCGGUUACAAGAAGGGAGUGACGGAGGCAAAGCUAAAGGUGGCGAUCAACGGGUUCGGGCGCAUCGGGCGCAACUUCCUGCGGUGCUGGCACGGGCGGAAGGACUCACAGUUGGAGGUGAUUGCGAUCAACGACACCGGCGGCGUGAAGCAGGCCUCGCACCUCCUCAAGUACGACUCGACGCUUGGCAUCUUCGACGCCGACGUCAAGCCCGAGGGUGACUCCGCCAUCUCUGUUGACGGCAAGGUCAUUAAGGUCGUCUCCAACCGCAACCCCGCCAACCUCCCGUGGAAGGAGCUAGGGAUCGACCUGGUGAUUGAGGGGACGGGAGUGUUCGUCGACCGAGAGGGGGCGGGGAAGCACAUCUCAGCGGGGGCAAAGAAGGUGCUGAUCACGGCGCCCGGGAAGGGCGACAUUCCCACCUACGUCGUGGGCGUCAACGCCGACACGUACGCUCCCGAUGAGCCCAUCAUCAGCAACGCCUCCUGCACCACCAACUGCCUCGCCCCCUUCGUCAAGGUCCUCGACCAGAAAUUUGGUAUCAUUAAGGGAACGAUGACCACCACCCACUCCUACACCGGCGACCAGAGGCUGCUCGACGCGAGCCACCGCGACCUGCGCCGUGCCCGUGCCGCGGCCCUCAACAUCGUGCCGACGUCCACCGGCGCGGCCAAGGCGGUGGCGCUCGUGCUCCCCUCUCUCAAGGGCAAGCUCAACGGCAUCGCGCUCCGCGUCCCCACCCCGAACGUCUCCGUCGUCGACCUCGUCGUCCAGGUCAGUAAGAAGACCUUCGCGGAAGAAGUGAACGCGGCUUUCCGCGAAAGCGCCGAGAAGGAGCUGAGCGGCAUACUGUCGGUGUGCGACGAGCCGCUCGUGUCGGUGGACUUCCGCUGCACCGACGUGUCGUCCACCGUCGACUCGUCGCUCACGAUGGUCAUGGGCGACGACAUGGUCAAGGUGAUCGCGUGGUACGACAACGAGUGGGGGUACUCGCAGAGGGUUGUAGAUUUGGCCGACAUCGUCGCAGCAAACUGGAAGUAGAGCAAACCGUACGUACGUAACAUUUUCUCUUGUUCCUUCAAUUUUUCCCCUUCGCUGGGAACUUUGUAACGAGAACGCGAAAAACCUUUUCUUCUCUUUUUCUUUCUUUUUCCCUUUCCUUUUUUUUUUUGGUCCUUGAAUGAAUGCAACGGUUCUGUAUCUUGUAAACCGAUUCUUAUAAUAUAUCUGAUGUUAUUAAA